GGCUCUUGGGUGCUUUGCAACAGUCACCAGUGAUCAUAGCUUGACUGGAAAACAUGUAUAGUCUUCUGAGUGUCUUUGCUCUGACUUUCGCACUCUCCGCAGCACACCCUGCUGCUGACUCGGCCCUCCAUCGACGCGCUAUAUCUCAAGACCUCCUCGAUACUCUCACUCGUUUCACCAAGUUCGCCUCGGCUGCGUACCAGGCGAACUGCCCGAGUCCAGUCGGAACUACGCUUGUCCAGCAGUUUAACAACGAUACAACAAAUACACAAGGGUUCAUUGCUCGCGAUGAUACUAACAAGCAAAUAAUCGUCUCGUUCCGCGGUAGUCAACAGCUCCAAGAUUUCGUCACUGAUGCAGACAUCGUCCUCACUCCAUUCACCUCACCAGGUGUCCAGGACACCAACAACGCGCGCGCACACAGCGGAUUCCUCUCUGCCUUCAAUAGCGUUGCCCCUACAGUCAUCUCAACCGUCUCUCAGCAACUCUCAGCAAACCCAGGUUUCUCACUCAUCUCUACAGGCCACAGUCUCGGGGCCUCACUUGCAAGUCUUGGAGGCGUUUCACUCGCUUCGAACUUCCCAGGUACACCAUUGCAAGUAUUCACGCUUGGUCAGCCAAGGACUGGGGACCCUGCGUAUGCACAACUUGUUGAGAACCUCGUUGGAGGGGAUAACACAUUUAGGGCUGUCCAUACGACUGAUGGCGUUCCUACAAUCAUCCCUCAGAGCUUCGGUUAUCGUCACCAUACAACAGAGUUUUGGAACUUCCAAGAUCCCUCAAUUGCUGCUAAUGUAAAGCAAUGCGUUGGAGAAGAAGACCCAACGUGCUCCGACUCGAUCCCUUCAAUGGGUAUUGACGCUGCGCAUUUGGUGUACUUUGGACAAGUAAUGGGUCUCGAUCCGACCCUGUGUAACUGA